CUGGCGCACCACAGACCACACGCUGCUUCGUCCUCUCUCUUCUUCCUUCCCCUCCCCCGCUCGCCAAUCGCCAUCGGUCACUCUUCCUCACCUUCACCUUCACCUUCCGAAAAGAGAGACCGAGGAGGAUCACAGGAGGACAUCCAGAUAAGCAGGAAUAGAACAACCCCAUAAACCAUAUCGGACCAUACAUUUGCAAAAGCUUGUCGGUUUUCUAGCCUCCAAUCGUCCCUCAACUCAAGCCUGAUGAAAGAAGAGGAGGUGAAUCCUUAAGAGCAAGCAGACUUUGCUGACUGAACAAGACAUGUGACUUGGCAAGAAAGCAUGGUCCUUAACCAUCUGCAGCUUCUGGCUGCGCCUCACAUCAAGUAACUCAGCUGCAAGCGGCACCUUCUGGACAUACCUGACAUCAUUAGUGGGGCUUUGCCCGGAUAAAGCUGAUCCUGACCAGAAGGCUGACGCGGCAGCUUCUCUCCCAACCACACUCUCUUCAGUCUUCACUCCUCUCCUCUCCCCGCUCCAGUCGGUCUCUCCAGUCUCCUCUCCUCACCUUGCCAGGAACCCAGGAGGAGGAGGGAUACAGGAAAAAUAUUGGCAUUAGCACGACUCCAACCAGGUUGUCUGCCAUAGUUUUGCUGGAGGGACAAAAACAGAAGCGUUCCUGACUCUACCUCAAGGAUGAGAGCUGCGUCCUCCACGGUUUACCCUGUCUACCUUAGCCUCCACCGCCACCCCAACAGCCACCAAGCCUCUUUUCGUCCCUCGAGAGCAAACCAUGACAACACCCAUAAAUGUACCAAGCCACCCAAAGUUCUUAGACGGUCUCUCUUCUCCCUGCCUGCCUCAUUUCUUCUCCUCCACACAUCCUCCUCCCUUGCCGUAGAUGACGCAAACAUGCCAUCUACCUCAACAAUUGACACCACGAUCACAGAUCGCAUCUUCAUGGACUUCAGCGUCUGUCCAAGCUACUUUCGCUCAGACAGACCUCUAGGAGCUGAGCUUUCCUCGUGCCCUGAUUCCGAGCCUCUUGGUCGUGUCGUCUUUGGUCUCUAUGGCCGGCUUCUCCCCGUCACUACUGCCAAUUUCAAAGCUACGUGUACUGCAGCUGCAUAUAGGGGCACCCUUGUCCACAAGCUCCUUCAGGGACAGUUUUUUGCUGCUGGUCGACAAGGUCCUCGGCAUGACAAGGGUGAGGUCCAGCCUCCCUCUGGCCUCGUUAGGAAUUCUGAGACUGUUAACCCUAAAGCGUUCGAGCUAAGGCAUGCAAGGCCUGGCACGCUUUCGUUAUGCCUUGGACAGAAUGACGAUGAUGACGACAUCAAGCUCAACCCCAAUUAUCACAAUCUUGAAUUCUUGGUUACUACAGGGCCAGGACCCUGUCCUGAGCUUGAUGGCCAGAACAUCGUCUUUGGGACUGUAUUGGAAGGAAUGGAUGUCAUCACCAGCAUCGCAACCAUACCUACCUACAAACCAGCUGAAAGGAUCCGCCUCUUCAACGGCUUUGCGCAGUUGAUUGGUGAUGGAAGGGCUCAAACUGCCCGGGCUAUGUGGGACCGCCCGCUUAAGACCGUGUAUAUCAGCGACUGCGGGGAGCUGACAGUAACCAAACCAUCUCUUUCCCCUCCAAGCUUGCCAUGACUGCCAGUGUAAUGACACUACCCACAUAGCCAGUUUUCUGUCUCUGUUGCUUGGGUCCUCUUUCUGUACUCUAUAUAUGCAGUGUAUAUAUUACCUGUGUUAUUAAACUUAUGCAUGUUCCAUGAGCUGUAUAUAUAUCGCUUCCGUUGUUAAUUUAUGCAUGUUCCCUUUGACAAUGAC